UUAGGCUUCUGCAUCUAUGACAGCUAUUUCAAUGCCAAAUGGACCUCUCAUGCCACAAUGUUACUCAUAUCCACACUGGAAACAUUUGUCCCUAACUACAUCUGUGACAUCAAGAAAAACCUUUUAGCCAUCAUUGGGGGACUUGACUCCCAAACUUCUCUUCAGGUGGCAACAGUCUUGGAUAUCUAUAAGGUUCCACAGUUCGUAUAUGGCUCUGCACCACUGAGGAAUGAUAAAACCCCAGAAUUUUCAUUCUACCAGAUGGUCCCCAAGGAUGACCACCAAUAUCAGGGGAUUCUCUACUUCCUUCUGUAUUUCAGGUGGACGUGGAUUGGGACCCUUACCUUCAAUGAUGAAUAUGGGGAUAGAUUUAUACAAACUGUGGUUCCACUUUUCUCCCAGAGGGAUAUCUGUUUUGCCUUCACAGAGAGAACUCAGAAAAUCAGUUUUGUCUCAGAAUUUAAUGAUUUGUUUAAAAAGGGGGCAAAAAUUCAUGAUAAUAUAAUGAAUAGCAAAGCCAAUGCAGUUGUUGUCCAUGGGGAAUCGUAUGCUAUGACAUUUUUCAGAUGGUUGCCAUACCUAUCAGAAGGAGAACAAAUGCCAAAUCAGCCAAAGGGCAAGGUGUGGAUUAUGACUGCCCAGAUGGAGCUCACUUCAUUUCCCUAUCAAAGGAGUUGGGACACCGAAAUACUCCAUGGGGCUCUCUCAUUCACAACUCAUUCUAAUGAUCCACCAGGAUUUCACCAAUUUCUUGAGAGCAAAAAUCCUUCCAGCCCAAAAGGAGAUGGCUUUAUUGUGGAGUUCUGGCAGCAUGCAUUUGGUUGUGUAUUCAGAAAUCAUGUUGCUGGCGAUGUGGAGGGAGAUAACUGCACUGGGGAAGAGAAGCUGGAGAACCUUCCUGGUCCUUUCUUUGAAAUGAGCAUGACCAGCCACAGCUACAACAUCUAUAAUGCUGCCUAUGUUGUGGCUCAAGCUUUGCAUGCCAUGUCUACAUCCCGAGUCAAACAUAGACCAAUGGUAACCAGUGGAGGUCUGAAGCUUCAGCAUGAACAUUUGUGGCAGGUAAUGAGCGGAACAUCUCCAUUUAACUGUUUGCCUCUUCACUGUGUACCACUGAAGAAGGAACCUUUGGAAAUUGAAUAAAUACCAGAAGCCCACAAUUGGUAUUAAUUUUCUGAUCAGGGCAACUUUAUAUAAAUAUAAUAGCAACUUGGGCUGGAUGGACAAUAUUAGGAUCAAAAUAUGUUAGAGCUUGGGAGUCUCUGGAAACAGUUGUGUCAGUUAGAAAGAAAUGGAAUAUGAUAUCUAAGAAAAAUAGAAUUGACCUAUUUUCCCUUGCUAAAUUGACUUUGUGAAGCAACCUAACUUUAAAAAAAUGAUGAUAAGGAAAAAUCGGAUGGAAGCAUACAUAUUGUCAGCAAAGCUCAGAUGCUGACAGGAGGAGAAGAAGCAGGCACAGGGAGAGGACAGUUAACAGGAGGGGGAGAGCAGCUAUAAUCUGGGUUCUGACCAAAGGGACAGACAGAUGUGUGAGAACUACAAUAGUGGGCAAGACGUUGGAAUGCAGGAAGUAUGCUCUGCCAAAUCUCGUAGGAUUUCAAAAGUGGCAGAGACACUCAAAAGAUACCAGAAGAGAAGGCGGGGGCUUCUGUGCUGGGGAAGGGGGGGGAGCUCAGUCCGGGCAACUCCAU